GUAACAUGUUAGGACUACCAGAAUUAGCAAAAAUAUUCAAGUUAUCUGGCGAGUUGAAAUAACCUUUCGUGUGUUGGUUUGAGAACUUGAGCCAUGGCAAAAUAUUCAGUUCGUUGAUUGUGUCCAUUAUCAGGUGAAAGUAGAAUAUCAUCGCGGCUACACGCCCACAUUAAUGUGUUUCAAUACUUGAAUUUAUAAGACGCGUCCUGGUCCGCAUACUUAAUUUAGUUAUUGUUUAUUUACACACUUAAAUGGAAUGUACCCAUAAUGCUUUGUAUUGUUAUUAUUUAUGUAGUUCGUACUGAGUUCUAUCACUUAAAAGCUGAAGCCAACUUUAUACAUGGUGUCAGAUGUGGGAACGUGUGCAUUACAUGUAUGCAUAUUAUUUGCAAACUUCUGUUCGAGAAACAAGAAUCCACUUAAUAAUAAAUACACUAGUCUCCGUUGUUUCGCCUUCUAUGAACGAGUUUCACCGGUGUACAAGAGGAGUCAUGUCAGCACAGCUCAGGCGGUCAUCCAGGAAAAGGAAAAAUUUGCCAAUAGUGGCUGCUGCAUCAGCAAGGAAAAAGGCUAACCAGAGAGUAACUGACACUAUGUCAGUAACUGCACCACAGUUGCCUACAGUUGAUACUGGUACACCAUUCAUACCCGUUACUAGUUCUACUGUUACAUACCCAAUGUUGUUUGCACAGACAGGGGCAGGCAUAUAUACCAGUGCAAGUACAGGGCCAGUCGAUUUGACGAGCACAGCUAAUACCCUUUUAUACUCAAGAGUACCACUACCAGACCAAAGAGUGUGCAACACUGUAACCAGUCAAGAUCCCCCAGAACAUUCCUUAGGUAAUACUAAUGGUGCCUCAAGUUUUACAAUGCCAUUUAGUACUUAUACAUGUUUUAAUCACCCUAUUCAGAUACCCAGCAUGCAUGCUAAUAUUGCUUUUAAUGUUUCUCAAAGUAUUAGACAAAAAAUUCAGAAAAGUGAAUUUAUUGAUUUAGGCAUUUUGUUGAUUAACAAUACUCAGCAGGCUACACAAAAGCUUGUUUUUAGAGGGGGUGAAUUUAUUGUGCAAACAGAAAAUAUACAAAACAAAAUUGGGUCUAUUGACCAAUGGACAUCAGCAUUUAUCAUUUUUGUUAGUGUAUAUUGUACUGUGCAUUCAGGUAGAUUACAAGAAUUACUUAAAUACAUGUCAGUUGUACGUUUGGGUGCAAAAAGAAAUCCUAAUAAUUUAGGUUGGAAGUUAUAUGAUGAGCAAUUUAGGUUGCGCAAAACACUGGAUCCGUCAAGUUCAUGGGCUAUAGUAGAUCCAGAGCUUUGGUUAUUAUAUAUGGCUGAUAGUAUUGGCACACAAAAUUUGGAAGUAGUUUCUUCUGGUUACAAUACAUUUUCUGCUAAUAGAAAUGUGAAUGAAACGUCCAAGUGCUAUGCCUUUAAUUAUAACGGCAAAUGUUUCAAUUCAUUUUGUCAAUAUAGUCAUGCAUGUAUACAAUGUCAUGGUCUUCACUCGGUUAUAAACUGUCAAUUCACGCAAAAUAAUUUGCCUUCGCAAAUAAGACCAAAUCAACAGCCAGAAUGACCCCAGCAGGGAUACCAGAAGAUUUAAACAUAAAUUUCAAACUAUAAUUGGGUCCCUUAUAGAUAGUUCAGUUGCCCAAAGUACCUAAAAAACAUAUCAAAGAGGUGUAUUGGCCUUUAAUGAGUUCAAAAAUUGUUUGGUUUAUAAAAUGUAUGGCCAAUACCUUUGUAUGAAUUGUGCAAUUUUAUAGCAUAUUUGUUUCAAGCGUUGCUAGCAUUCCUCUAUUAAGUGUUAUUUAGCAGGGAUAAGUUUUUUUCAGUAGAUUGAAUGUCUUGGGCGAUUUUACUCAAAUUUAUUAUAAAAAAUGAUGGAGGGAGUUAACGGGUCAAGGCCAAAAUUAGGGAUUCAAGAUUGCCUAUUACCAAAGAAUUACUUCUAUCAAUAGUUAAAAUUCUAUUGUUUAUUUGUUCCUCCAGUUAUGCAGUUAAGUUGUUUAAAGGUUCUUUUAAGAUCCUCCAAUCCUAAAUUUCUAGUCGUACAUGUAGGUGCUAAUGAUUUAGGGAAUAUUAAAACUGAAGACUUAAGAGAAAAGUUGAUACAAGCUAUGACCUUUAUUUCAAAGGACUUGCCUGACACUAAAAUUGUGUGGUCCCAAAUGUUGCCUCGUUUAAACGGAGAUAUUCUAAAGUGUAGAUACAGCCUAUUACAGGGUUCAUAAGACAGUAGCUAACUAUAUAUUGGAAUCGGGUGGUUAUUGUUUAAUAUACUAGCCAGACAUUUCUAGGACUGAAACAUGUAUAAAUCUGAUGGGGUGCAUUUGUCUGUCAUAGGAAAUAACAAUUUUUUUCAAGGUGGUCUUUAGUUUUUCAUGCAUAAAACCAAUGGUCAUGUUUUCCCCUCUACUGAUAUAUAAGUAUGAAAUAUGUUGUUUUGUUUUGUGUUUUUGUCUCAGAGAUAUAAAUACAAUAUUGUUACCUAAGACAAACUUUGUAUAAUUGAUCUUGUGUGUAAAUUUUUACUGUAGAUAUAUACAGUUUUUUUAUGAUUUAUUGAGCAACUUUACUAGUAGUUACAUGUAACUUAAAAGUUUACUUUGAUUUUUUUGUGGAUGUAUUUGGCUCACAGCUUGGCAGCGAACCUCCAUUAUAUGGCGGUUGACAAUGAAUCAUUAUUCUGUUUCACUGUCAAUCUGGCAUAAUUCGCUGCAUCAAAAAACAUUUUGUUUUAUGAAUAGGAUCAUUUACUACAGAUCUAGAUGAACAAUGUAAGGGUUUCGAUCCAUCACCU